AUGUGGUUAAUAAUACAUAUAAAAGUCACAGAUUUGCGUCAAAGAGUAAGCCAUGCAAUAAGGAAGCGAGUAAGAGAUCAUCAGACAGGAUAUGGGAAUCAUUCCAUGGACAAAAUUCAAUGGGCUUUGACAAAACAGAAACAUUUAAUUAGUAAUCAACGGAUUAGUACUCCAAGAGGCGGGAAUCCAGCAUAA